CAUCGACUGCAUAUGCGACCGAGCUUCACCCCACACCACUUCAAGAAAACGGAUACCGGGAGCUCAGUACGGGGACGAUAGGAGCUGAUAUAAAAGAAAACGCUGCACCGUGUCCCGGGAGUCCAGUGUGGAGUAGUUUUCGGGGUUACCGCAGGUGUGGAGGUCAGGUCGGCGCACCGAAAAUUUCAAAUAAACAGCAAAAACUUGGUGGCGAACCAGAGGCACAAGCUAAAAGGACACUUCUGUCCUGCCGGUGUCCCAUCUGCCAUCCUCCACCUUCAAGAACAUGAAUCAAUGCAGAUGUCAGUCACACCCAGUUAAAUGUUAGUACUACUUGAGCAGAUAUCGCUCGGCUGGCCGAAGAGGAAAAAGAGGAAAGAGACUGUUCAAGGUGCUGGAAGAUGUCUCUCUGGAUGAUACUACCUGUUAGCCUCCCAGUUCUGACCAUCACUGGGAUAUGGGUUGUGUAUGCCAUGGCCCUGUACAACCAGCAUGUCUGCCCUGUUGAUAACUGGUUGUACAACCAGUCAUGUGAAGAGGAGCUUUAUUUGCAGAGCGGGCCAACCUUGUGCUGCACACUAGACAAUGUACCUCUCAUCAGCAAAUGUGGGACUCUUCCCCCUGAGAGCUGCUUCUUCAGCCUUAUCUGCAGCACAGGCUCAUUCAUGGUUAUGGUGAUUGUGCUGCUCCGAUACGCCCACGUGAUUGAGAAGCACCAAAACUGUGUUCUCAACACGGCGAGUCUCUCCACAGGCUGGAUCUGUGCUGCUGGACUCAUCAUGGUGGGCAACUUCCAGGUGGAUAAUGCCAAAGUUCUCCACUAUGUCGGAGCAGGCAUUGCCUUCCCUACUAGUAUGCUGUUUGUGUGCCUGCAGUCAGCGCUGACUUACCGACUGGCCAAGACCCAGGGGGAGUACUACGUGGCCCACCUUCGGCUCUGCAUGACCCUGCUGGCCUUUGUAGCCCUGGUGCUCAGUGGUGUGUUUUUCUGUCAAGAGAGCUUCGUCCUGCAACAUGCAUCAGCCAUCUUUGAAUGGGUUUUCUGCGUCAUCGUCAUGCUGUUUUACGGGACAUUCGCCUUUGAGUUUGCCAGCAUGUCAGGAGAUACCAUGGUGGUGCUGGCGAGAGGAGGGACCCUGGGACCUGCUGGAAGAGAACACAAGGUGGACGCACUGGGAGCACACUCACAGCCACAUCCACACCAACCUGAGAACAUGUCCAUACUGUAGCCCGUUGGCACAUCUUGAUGCCAAAUAGUUGAAACUCCGGUUGUAGAAUGAGUUUAAUUAUUCAUUUCCAGCCACAGUUGUCUGAAGCUUUGAAAUGAACCAGGCCAGUGCAGCAGCCGUUCAUGGCAGAGUGGCUUCUACUGUUUCGGCCCCAGGGGCGUAGAUUUGCUGCCACAGUGGAGAGCUCAGCUUAUAUUGAGCUUUGUGUCUCUAAAGAACUUGUUUGCAUUUUGCACAUUGCACAAGUGUGAAACCAAAAUUUUCUCCCAACUCAGUCGUGUCCUCAGUGAUCAGCAGAGGGCAGGAGAGUAUUUUGUUAAUCAAGAUCAAGAAAAUGUGCUGUUUCCCCCUUUAACCUGUCUCAAUAAGUGGCCUUGGACCAUUUCCACUUCAGGUGACUGCCAUGAUGCUUUCUUUGUAAAGGAGUGAAGGCUGCUGGACGGCCUGGCUGACAGUGUUAUAACAGUAAAAAAGAGUGAGAGAGAAGACGGAGUAUGAGUGUUACAGUGGAAGGUCAGAAUGGAUGAAUGCAAUAAAUUAAAAGAAAGAGUCAAAUAGAUGAGUAUGUAAAUGUUCCAGUCAGUAUGUGAGAUAGAACUGGGCAGCAGUCUGCAUUUUGCAAUCAUUUACACCUGCAUAAAGCAAUAUUUUUGAUAUUAACAAAUCAAAUAAUUGUGAUGUCAAAGAGCCCUACAUAGAACCGAACUCCCUGAGAAUUAACACGCUGCUCUACACAGAUUUUAGCUGCUUUUAGCUCACAUCAAGUCAACCAUUUGGAAAGCAGAAGACCCAAGUAUUUUUCUCAGGAGCUGGUUAACCAAGCCUAAAAGGAAAUUGAAUGUCGGACUCAUUUUUUCAGGUGGCCAUUAGUAUAAUGAUAUAUGAUAUAUUUGUCUGCUGGAUGUGUAAGUAGUUACAGAAGUUGACCAUAACAACUUCUGUCAGUUUAUCUUGUGGUCAAAAAUACGCUUAAGGCAGCUUUAAAAUACGCACCAUCGACAACUUAAUUUUUGUCAGCAACUCCACAUAUGUAAGCAUAACACUAUUUUUAAAGUAUCUAUGGUGCCCAAAUCCAUCAAUGCCAAAUCCUGCACACAUGCUCUUUUUGAGUCUGGAUGCUUUGGGUGAUGUGCCAUUAUUUUAACUUCACACAGAAAACAAUAGAUCUGGUGCCUCGUAAAUUCAAAUUCAAACCUUUAUGAGUCUUAUUUUGGGAUCAAUACACUCUAUCAACCUUAAACCUCAACUAGUAUUUGAGUCAACUUCCUCUCUGUAGAGUUCUGUCAAAGAAUAUGAAAGAGAGAAGACACAGUGUCCAGAGGCCAAAUGCGUACCAGCUAAUUCAAGCCAGAGCACUGGGUUUAUUGAGUUUAGUGACGAGGCAUCACACGUGUUUUCAGGUCCUAUGGUCGGAGGUCUGCAUCUCAUUAUUCCUCAGCAAGGAGGGGAGAACAUGCUCUUAUUGCUUUAUCUUUUUACUUUUUCUUUGAAUCUCAGAAUUCUCCACAGCUUGAGUUUCUACAGCAUGUUCACCUGGUGUAGCUGGACAAAGGGAAAAGGAAGGAUUUAUAAUGUAAGACAUAGCUGAGAUGAACUGUUCUGCCUCUGUGUUACUGUACAGCAGUACGUGCCAAAUAUCAGUCUGCCAUCGGUGCUAAAAACACAAAAGGCUUUACUCCUGUCAGGGUUCCCCGAGUUUAGCUGUGAUUAUGAUAAAUGAAAGCAAGAUGGAGACACAGGGGCGGGUUUGUGGAGGAGGAGAGACAGAAGGUUGCAUGAACGCCUGUGAGUGCCAGGAAUACCAAAGCAGAUAUUUGACACUAUCAAUUUAUUGACAUUAAAAAACCCUGGUAAAACCCUAAUGGACUUUAUAUUUUGAUGUCUGUCAGAGUAGGUUGGCCUCAUGUUUUGAUAUGUUUAGUUCAGUUGUCCCCUCUGUGCAGAUAUUCAAAUGCUGAUUUGUAUUCAUUGACUUUCUCAGACAUUGCUGUGUUGUUGACUGUGCUGUGUUGUAAUGCAGAGUUACUGUUUAUUUUUAAUCUAUAACAGCUCAGUGUAAUAUUAACACACCUUUUUUUUGUGAGAAAAAACAGAGGAAACAGAUGGUUUACAACAGUAAUAGUCUUAGUUGGCCUUCACACAGUGGAAAUACCACCCACUCAUACCACGACUGGCCACAUGUUGGGCAGAGGUUUUGUUGGUGCCAGUAUUUUUUGAGUGUAAGCAUUCAAAAAGAGAGUUCCUAUAACAGUUUCACAAUCUGUUUGGGAAGAACUGAAUCAUAGUAAUUCACUCAUACUGAAUUUCUAAAUGUACUCAACAAGACUGAACUGGAAAAACUUUUGCAUGCUGCUCUGUGGAAUGAGCUGGAAGGUAAAAAUCAGCACCAGCCGCACCACUGAUCACCUGCUCCCCUCUGCUGGUGAAACUGCUUAUUGCAAAUGACUUUGCAUUGGGAUCAGAUGUGUAAUGUUGUAGUUUAGCUUGUUUUCUACUUGAAAAAUUAUACAUUUUUGUAUCCACCGACAAGAAUAUUCAGUCAGCUACAGGUUUAGGUCAAAUCUACUUUUGUUUUACUUAUACAUUUACUAAGAAGGUGGGACUGCUGCAGUGGCAAGUAGUGAAGAACACUUGAACUCCAGCUUGCAGUUGUGGUUUUAGCGCGGCAUUCAGAUUGUUCUACCUGGCAUCACCUUGAAGUGAAACUUGGCCCUGUGACCGUACACUGCUUUUAUAAUAUGCAUUCCUCUAAAAAAAAAAAAAAAAAAUCACAGGUUAAGAUUCAACGCUUUAUAAAUGUUAAGCCAAAUGAUGGUGC